AAUGUGACAUGUCAUUUGACACGGCAGGGUAUUGGUACGGCGAAGGAGAGGGGCACCGCUGCGGGUACUGUCAGAACGAAACUACUAACAUCUCCACUGGGCUCUACCUCUCUUUCAUUUCCCCCCACCGCUACAAUGCACUCAUUGACAGAGGCUGGAGACGGUCGGGAAUGUACAUGUAUAAACCCAGCAUGGAGAAGACGUGUUGUCCUCAGUACACUGUCAAGUGCAAUGCGCUGUUAUUCAGGAUAUCACGGAGUCAGAAGAAAGUGCUGAGACAUUUUAUUGAGUAUUUAGAAAAUAGUAAGCCUGGCUCGUUGCCAAGUCGUGGACGUGGUCAGAUGUCGACGGAUGUGACUGAUGUGGCAAAUGAUCAUCAUGAACACCCUUCUGUUACCCACAAUGUGGAAAUAAGUCCUGAUGUUAAAGCAACAGUUCCAGUUGAUAAUGGUAAACCUAUUUCUAACCAUGUCACCCACAAAACCUCAGCCACAUCUAGUGCAGCCGAAACUACUGAACCUAAAUGUUUUAAAACAGGCGCUCAACUAGCUGACUCUAAAAAGAAGAGGGACUUCAGGAGGCUGAGAAAGCUAAAGAAGAUAGCUGCUGAGAAGAAUUUAUCCUGGGAAGAAAUGGACGUGAGGUCUUUAGGGUCCCAACCUGAUCCACCCUCUCUUUCUGACAGGUUAUCGCGAGCCAUAGCCAACAAGAGACUAGAAAUAAAACUGAUUCCAGUAGACAGGGACAACGCAGAAAGCGAAUUUAACCGAACCUUCAGCGAAUCUCACAAGGUAUUCCAAAAGUACCAGAUGGCCAUCCACAACGACACUCCAGACGAGUGCAAAGAACAAAGCUACAAAAGGUUUCUCUGUCAACCUCCCUUUAAUUGGGAGGAGGAAGAUGAGCAGGGGGGGUACCAUCACCAGUACUACCUUGACGGGAAACUGGUUGCAGUCGGGGUGUUAGACUUACUGCCGCGCUGUCUUUCCUCUGUUUACUUCUUCUAUGAUCCUGAUUACGGUGCUCUGUCUUUUGGGACCUUAUCUGCUUUGUUUGAGAUACAACUCACCCAACAAAUGAACACUAGACACCCAGAUAUUGCGUGGUACUACAUGGGUUACUAUAUUCACACGUGCCCCAAGAUGAAAUAUAAGAGCAAGUUCUACCCUUCUUACUUAACCUGCCCCAAGAAACACACCUGGUGGCCGAUAGAAGAGUGUGAGAAACUACUUGAUGAGAACAAGUUGUGUGUGUUUGAUGAGAAGACUGAGGAAGAACCUGUACCCACAGAAGAGGAGUUGGGAACUUUGAAGGUUUUGUUAGGUCGAAGUUUGUGUUUGUACAGUGUGUAUAAGAUGAUGCAGGAGGAAGAUGAUUAUAAAGACAUUUUGGUGGAUUUUGUGAAACUCGCCGGCUUGGAGAACGCACGAAAUAUUUGUAUUUACCAUUAAUUAUUGAUAGUCUCUAGUUUAUAAUACACAUUAUUAUAGUUUAUACGGUUCUGUGAAUUUAACGAAUUUAGACUUUUAGAGAUAUUUAAAAUAUCAUUGACUAUCUUGUUUUGGUAGGUCUACAUCUGUAAUCUGCAGAAAGUAUUUUAUGGUGUGGUUUAUAUGUCAUUUAAAGCACCGAAAAUAACAGACCAGAUGAG